GUGGGGGGUGGGGAGGGAGGGGGGACAGGGGGCCGCGGGCGCCGCCGACCGGGACCCAGCAGCCCCGCCGGUCAGCUGCCUGUGAUGCUGCGGCUCCCUGUGGCCCCGCGGCCCCACGAUGCCCCGAAGCCCCGUGUCCAGCGAGGAGGAGCGACGCAGUGUGAGCGAGUGCCCCGAAGCGGGCUCCGAGUCCGACAGCUCCCGGGACGGCCCGGGGAGGGGACCCAAAGGGGCCCGGGGCCGGGCUGGGGGGGCUGGCAUUAGCCUGGCCUCUGCCCGCCGCCUUCAGGGCCGCUCCAUGUCGGUGCCCGACGACGCCCACUUCAGUAUGAUGGUCUUCCGGAUUGGGAUCCCAGAUCUGCAUCAGACUAAAUGUCUGCGGUUCAAUCCGGAUGCCACCAUCUGGGCUGCCAAGCAGCAAGUCCUGUGUGCCCUGAGCGAAAGUCUCCAGGAUGUGCUUAACUACGGGCUGUUCCAGCCAGCGUCCUCUGGCCGGGAUGCCAACUUCCUGGAGGAGGAGCGGCUGCUCCGAGAAUACCCCCAGUCCUUUGAGAAGGGCGUGCCCUACCUCGAGUUCCGAUACAAGACCCGGGUUUACAAACAGACCAAUCUGGAUGAGAAGCAGCUAGCAAAACUCCACACCAAGACCGGGUUGAAGAAGUUUCUGGAGUAUGUACAGCUUGGCACAUCCGACAAGGUGGCAAGACUGUUGGACAAGGGGCUGGACCCCAAUUAUCAUGACUCUGACUCAGGAGAGACGCCCCUGACGCUGGCAGCCCAGAUCGAGGGCUCGGUGGAUGUGAUCCGCACACUGUGCUUGGGUGGAGCCCACAUUGACUUCCGGGCUCGGGAUGGCAUGACGGCGCUGCAUAAGGCUGUGUGUGCCCGGCACUGCAUGGCCCUCACGGCUCUGCUGGAUCUUGGAGGAUCCCCCAACUACAAGGAUCGCCGAGGGCUGACUCCCUUGUUCCACACAGCAAUGGUGGGUGGAGACCCUCGAUGCUGUGAACUAUUGCUCUACAACCGAGCCCAGCUGGGCGUUGCUGAUGAGAACGGCUGGCAGGAGAUCCACCAGGCCUGCCAGAGGGGUAACUCCCAACACCUGGAACACCUGCUGUUUUACGGGGCUGAGCCAGGUGCCCAGAAUGCAUCGGGGAACACAGCCUUGCACAUCUGUGCUCUCUACAACAAGGAGACAUGUGCCCGGAUCCUCCUCUAUCGGGGGGCCAACAAGGAGGUGAAGAACAACAAUGGACAGACACCUUUCCAGGUGGCUGUAAUAGCUGGCAACUUUGAGCUGGGGGAGCUGAUCCGAAACCAUCGAGACCAGGACGUGGUCCCCUUCCAGGAGUCCCCCAAGUAUGCAGCCCGUCGGAGGGGAGCUCCACCAGGCACAGGGCUGACUGUACCCCCGAUGCUGCUCCGAGCUAACAGCGACACCAGCAUGGCACUGCCUGAUUGGAUGGUGUUUUCACCCUCUGGGCCCCCCGGCCCUGGCCCUGGCCCUGGCCCUGGCCCUGGCCCUGCCCCAGCGGCCCCAGCUCCGACAACCCCCUCUACCCCAGGCACCAAACUCAGCAGCGGCACUCUGCGCAGUGCCAGCAGCCCUCGGGGUGCCCGGGCCCGCUCCCCUUCCCGAGGGAGGCACCCAGAGGAGACAAGGAGGCAACCCCGGGGACGGCCCAGCUCCAGUGGGACACCCAGAGAGGGGCCAUCUGGGGGCACAGGGGGAUCCGGGGGCCCUGGGGGCUCCCUGGGAAGCCGGGGACGGCGACGGAAGCUCUACACGGCAGUGCCAGGACGCUCCUUCAUGGCCGUGAAGCCAUACCAGGCCCAGGGCGAGGGGGAGAUCUCCUUGAGCAAGGGAGAGAAGAUCAAAGUGCUCAGCAUCGGGGAAGGAGGCUUCUGGGAAGGUCAGGUCAAAGGUCGUGUUGGCUGGUUCCCCUCAGAGUGCCUGGAGGAGGUGGCUAAUCGCUCCCAGGAGGGAAAGCAAGAAAGUCGAAGUGACAAAGCCAAAAGGCUCUUCCGACAUUACACCGUGGGCUCUUAUGACAGCUUUGACGCCCCCAGUGACUACAUCAUUAAGGAGAAGACCGUCCUACUACAGAAGAAGGACAGUGAGGGGUUUGGUUUUGUGCUACGAGGGGCCAAGGCGCAGACCCCCAUCGAGGAGUUCACUCCCACCCCAGCAUUCCCUGCUCUCCAGUAUCUGGAAUCUGUGGAUGAGGGCGGCGUGGCCUGGAGAGCAGGACUUCGGAUGGGGGACUUCCUCAUCGAGGUGAACGGACAGAAUGUUGUAAAGGUUGGGCAUCGGCAAGUGGUCAAUAUGAUCCGCCAGGGUGGUAACACCCUGAUGGUGAAGGUGGUGAUGGUCACCCGGCACCCGGACAUGGACGAGGCUGCCCACAAGAAAGUGCCCCAGCAAGCUAAACGUCUGCCACCCCCCGCUAUCUCAUUGCGGUCUAAGUCCAUGACUUCGGAGCUGGAGGAGAUGGUCUCCCCCUGGAAGAAGAAGAGUGACUAUGAACAGGCACCAAUGCCCAGCGUGGAGAAGAAGAGGACAGUCUAUCAGAUGGCACUGAACAAACUGGAUGAGAUAUUAGCAGCUGCUCAGCAGACGAUCAGCGCGAGCGAGGGGCCCGGGCCAGGCGGCCUUCCUUCUCUGGGCAAACACCGAGCCAAGGGCUUCUUUGCUACUGAGUCCAGCUUUGAUCCCCACCACCGUUCCCAGCCUAGUUAUGAACGGCCAUCUUACCUACCCCCUGGACCAGGCCUCAUGCUUCGACAAAAGUCCAUUGGGGCCGCUGAGGACGACAGGCCGUACCUGACGCCCCCAGCUAUGAAGUUCAGCCGAAGUCUGUCUGUCCCGGGCUCGGAAGAUAUACCCCCACCCCCGACGACGUCCCCGCCUGAGCCCCCUUACAGCACCCCGCCAGCCCCAUCCUCCUCUUCGGGCCGACUCACUCCCUCCCCCCGGGCUGGGCCAUUCAACCCAGGGAGCGGGGGCCCACUGCCUUCCUCCUCCCCGGCCUCUUUUGACGGGCCCACCCUCCCCGAUUCCCGGCCUUCAGGCCGAGACAAGGGUCUAUACCACGCGGGUCCAGGCGUUCUGCCCCCUGCCCACCACCAUCCUCCGCACCACCACCACCACCAUGCCCCGCCCCCUCAACCCCACCACCACCACGCCCACCCGCCCCAUCCUCCCGAGAUGGAGACCGGUGGCUCUCCGGACGACCCCCCGCCCCGCUUAGCCUUAGGCCCCCAGCCCAGCCUUCGGGGUUGGCGGGGCGGCGGCCCGAGUCCUUCUCCCGGGGGCCCAGGACCCUCCCCUUCCCACCACGGCGGUGGCGGCGGCGGCGGCGGCGUGGGAUCAUCCCCCGCGCCUGCCCUGCGUUAUUUCCAGCUCCCGCCCCGGGCGGCCAGCGCCGCCAUGUACGUGCCUGCCCGCUCGGGCCGGGGUCGCAAAGGCCCCCUGGUCAAACAGACCAAGGUGGAAGGCGAGCCCCAGAAGGUGAGCCCCGGGGCAGGCCCAGCCCCGGCGCCCCCGUCGCCAGCCGCCCCGCAGCAGGUGGCCGAGAAGAACUCCAUCCCCAUCCCCACCAUUAUCAUCAAAGCCCCGUCCACCAGCAGCAGCGGGCGCAGCAGCCAGGGCAGCAGCACGGAGGCCGAACCCCCAGCCUCAGCGGAUGCCGCCGGCCCCUCCCCCGCUUCCCCGGUUCCGGCCCCCUCCCCGGGGCCCCCGUCCUCCCCUCUGCCCGCUCCGCCCUCGCCCAGCGGCCCGGCCACCUUGGACUUCACCAGUCAGUUCGGGGCAGCCCUAGUGGGGGCGGCCCGGAGGGAGGGGGGCUGGCAGAACGAGGCCCGCCGGCGCUCCACCCUCUUCUUGUCCACCGACGCCGGGGACGAGGACGGCGGGGAGGCCGGCCUGGGCGGCUCGGCUCCGCCGGGGCCUCGCCUCCGGCACUCCAAAUCCAUAGACGAGGGCAUGUUCUCUGCCGAGCCCUACCUGCGCCUGGAGGCGGGCGGUGGCAGCGCCUACGGGGGCUACGGGCCCGGCCGAGCCUACGGAGGUAGUGGCAGCGGCGGCGGCGGUGGCGGCGGCGGCGGGGUCAGUGCCUUCACUAGCUUCUUGCCCCCGCGCCCCCUGGUUCAUCCGCUCACCGGCAAGGCCCUGGACCCCGCGUCGCCGCUCGGGCUGGCUCUGGCGGCCCGAGAGCGGGCGCUGAAGGAGUCCUCCGAGAGCAGUGGCGCGCUUCCGCAGCCCCCUCCGAGGCCCCCGUCGCCCCGCUACGAGGCCCCCCUCCCGCCCCCUCCCCACCCCCACCACGCGCACCCCAUCCCUCACCACGAGCCAGUGCUGCGCCUAUGGGGCGCCCCGCCCCCCGAGCCCGGGCGGAGAGAGCUGGGCUACCGGGCUGGGCUGGGGAGCCCGGAGAAGCCCUUGCCUGCGAGUCCCCCCGCGGCUCGCCGCUCCCUCCUGCACCGCCUCCCUCCCGGGCCUCCCGGCGUGGGGCCCUUGCUGCUCCAGCUGGGGCCCGAGCCCAGCCCGCCCCCUCCUGCGGCGAAGAGCUGGCGGGGAGGAGGGGGCCCCGACGACUCGGAGCGCCUCCCCCUGCACGUGCGCUUCCUGGAGAACUGUGAGCCCCGGGGAGGCGGGCGAGGGGGCCCCUCGGAAGACGCGGCUCCGGGGCCCCCGCAGGCCUCCGCCUCGUCCCCCCGGAACCGGGAGGAGAACGGGCUGCCCCUGCUGGUCCUGCCCCCGCCUGCCCCGUCGGUGGACGUGGAGGACGGUGAGUUUCUCUUUGCGGAACCACUGCCGCCCCCCCUGGAGUUCUCCAACAGCUUCGAGAAGCCUGAAUCCCCGCUCACGCCCGGCCCCCCGCCCCCACUGCCCGACCCGCCUUCCGUAACCACUGCCGCCGCCGUAGCCCCGGCCCCUGGUCCUUCCCCGGCGGCAGCCUCCGGGCCGGCCCUGGACUCUACCGCGUCCAGCCUGACGUCCUACGACAGCGAGGUGGCCACGCUGACCCAAGGAGCCGCCGCCGGCCCCGGCGACCCCCCUGCUCCGGGGCCCCAGGCUCCCGCGGCGCCCGCCCCCGCAGCCCCCGCAGCCCCCGGCCCGGGUCCUGAGCCGCCACCUGGCACAGACUCGGGCAUCGAGGAGGUGGACAGCCGGAGCAGCAGUGACCACCCUCUGGAGACCAUCAGCAGUGCGUCCACACUGAGCAGCUUGUCAGCCGAAGGAGGAGGUGGGAGCGGCGGCGGCGGAGGCAGCAGCGGGGGCGGCCCCGAGCUCCUAGACACCUACGUGGCCUACCUGGAUGGCCAGGCUUUUGGGGGAGGUGGCGGGGUCGGCCCGCCCUACCCCCCGCAGCUGAUGACUCCGUCCAAGCUUCGAGGCAGGGCCCUGCGGCCGGGCCCAGGCGGGGGCCUCCGGGACCCAACCACCCCCACCAGCCCCACGGUCUCGGUGGCCGGCGCCGACGGCCUGCUGGCUCUGAGUGGCUGCGGGGGCCCCCAGCCUCCUGGCUCCUCCGACACCGAUGGGGCUCCAGGUCCCUCGGGGGCGACCUCACUGCCCCGAAAGCUGCUACCCUGGGAGGAAGGGCCAGGCCCACCCCCGCCUCCCUUGCCCCCGCUGCCCGGACCCCUGUCCCAGCCCCCACCCUCGGCCUUGGCCACGGUCAAGGCCAGUAUCAUCAGUGAGUUAAGCUCCAAGUUGCAGCAGUUUGGGGGCGCCGCGGCCGGCGGGGCCUUGCCCUGGGCCCGAGGAGGCAGUGGGGGAGGUGGGGACAACCACGGAGGCCCCAGCUAUGAGCGCACUGCCUCCCUGCAGCGACAAAGGCUCGCGGAAGACCCCCCAUCUUCGCUUCUCUCCAAGCCCGUCAGCAGCUUAUUCCAGAACUGGCCCAAGCCUCCGCUGCCGCCGCUCCCCUCAGGGUCUGGGGUGACCCCAGCAUCUGGGGGAACUGGCGCCGGGUCGCCCUCGCCGUCCUCAUCUUCAUCCACCCGCCACCUCCAGGGCGUGGAUUUUGAAAUGCGCCCCCCUCUACUCCGACGCGCCCCCAGCCCCUCCUUGCUGCCCCCCUCGGACCACAAAGUCAGCCCGGCUCCCCGGCCCUCUUCUCUGCCCAUCCUGCCCUCUGGACCCCUGUACCCUGGCCUCUUCGACCUUCGAGGCUCGCCCACUGGAGGGGCUGGGGGCGCCUCGGACCCCUUCGCUCCCGUUUUCGUGCCCCCUCACGCGGGGAUGGCGGGAAGCCUGGGUGGGGCGUUGGCCGGGGCCUCACGCUCGCUGUCGCCUACCCGCCUGCUCUCCUUGCCCCCGGACAAGCCAUUUGGGGCCAAGCCCCUAGGUUUCUGGACCAAGUUUGACGUGGCCGAUUGGCUGGAGUGGUUGGGCCUGGCCGAGCACCGAGCUCGCUUCCUGGACCACGAGAUCGAUGGCUCCCACCUGCCCGCCCUGACCAAGGAGGACUACGUGGACUUGGGCGUCACCCGGGUGGGGCACCGAAUGAACAUUGACCGAGCUCUCAAGUUCUUCCUGGAGAGGUGAUGGCCGGCCCACUGAGGACCCUCGGGGAGGGCUCUCGCACAGCGGCCCCGCCCCUCCGGAAUGCUGGCCAGAUGUCACGUGAUGCUCCCAUUCGCCCUCCCCCCCCCCCCCCGGACCUGGGCUGGCCGCUUGCUUCACACUUGCUCCACCGGCCGCCGACAGUCAUCCUACUGGACAUGCGCACCUCAGAGGAGGGGGCAGCUGGGACUGGACAGUGUGUGCGUCGUCGUUGGGUGAAGGGGGGAGGGGAACCGGUGGGGGAGACGCUGCCCCACUCCCUCCCAGGGAGAUGGCUGAAGCUGUGGGAGCUGGAGGGAGAGAGGCGUAAGGAGGGAAGAUGUACCCCGACCUCCCCCUCUCCAGGUCCCUAGGGGAGGAGGAGAGAAUAGCAGAGCCAUAGACGGGGAGCCCCAAGGCUAAUUGGAUGAAGGGGGCUCCCUGGGCAGCAGGGGAAGGGGGCAAAGCAGGGGUCCCCACUCUCCCCAGGCCCCAGAGUUGACCAUCCACCACGCCCCCAAUCCAUCCCCAUCUCCCGCCUGACCUCCCCGCCCCAACCUGAACCCCCAUUCCUCUUCUGCCCUCAUCUCUCCCUCCCUCCCAUCCUCUCCUGCCUCCCGGCCUCUUGCACGCUCCUUGGCACGCCCGCUCGCCUAUGCGCCACCACCUCCCCUGGGCUGCAAUUUUGCACACAUUUGCGCUGUCUCAUGCUUUCUUGCACACUCCCUAAGGUGGUGCCUGCAGGUCCCUUAAAGUCGAUGCGACCCAGCUCUCUUGCACGCUCACUUUUUUCUUCCCCUCCGUCUUAAUGACUUUGCCUCCCAUACUGUGCUGCCCUCUGCUCCACUCACCCGUGCUCAGGAUCCCUGCUCCUUUGGGGCUGCCUCGGACCCUAGCUCCCAUCCGGGUCCCCUCGGCUACCAUCUGGCACAUUUCUCCCGCUCCUAGCCUUCUUUCUCUUCUUUGCACUCGUUCCAUCUCCUGUCCCAAACUCCGCUCUCACACGGUCCACUUGUUCUCAUUACCUUUCCCGGCACACUUGCACUCACUUUCACGUACUGUUUGCUCCCUUAGGACCCUCCUCCUCGGGCCCAGCUCCUCAUUCGCACUUGCUCGACUAUUUACAACACUCGCACACUGCCUUCUGGUUCUGCUCCUUCCUUGCUCCUCACCGCAUUCUCCUCUUGCACACUCACUCUUCCCUUGCACGCUCCCUUGCUCUUCCCUACACCUUGUUUUUGCCCCUUUCUAGUCCCUCCUCUUGCUCACGUAUCCCCCUAUUCCUGGCUCCUCUGGCUCUUUUCUCCCUUUUUCUCGCUCGUCCUGAUAAUACACUUGUACACCCUGCCUCUUCCCGCACACUUUCUUGCUGUUCUUACACUUUCCGAUCUUGCGGAGUCUUUUCUCCUUGAGUCUCUUGCACACUUGAUCUUUUGACGUGGUUUCUUUGCACUCCUUUUAGAAUUCCUGCCCCUUUUCCACACUCGUUUCCUCCUCUCCUUAUGUCCCCGGCUCACUGACUUCACUGUGCUUUCUUCUCACACAGCUCUGGCACAUUUCCUUUUCUCCCUGAGUUUUCUCUUACAAAACUCGUCUCCCUUUCCCCUCUUGCUCACUCACUUUUCUGUUUCUGCUCCUUCCUUGCUUCUCACAGCAUUCUCCUCUUGCACACUCACUUCUCGGUCCGAUUCCUUCCUGCUCUCCCGGUGACCCUUCGCAUGCCCCCCUCGCCCUCCAGCCCUUGCUUGGCUCUCCGUGCCUAGCUUUUCUUGCCUCCCUCGCCUCCUGCUCCUCGACGCUCUGGAGCCCCUACAGCCCUUCUCUCGGACACACUCACUCGCUUUCUUCCUGCUCCUGGAAUGCUUACUCUUCCUCUACACUUACACUCUCCUUGCACACUUGCCUUUUCUCGGAUUUACACUUGGCUGAUUCUUCCUAGUUCAGCCCCUCCCGCUCCCUUUCUUCCUGUCUCUUGCAUGAUGGUUUCUCUCCCUCCCCCCCUUCUAGCAUGGCCUACCCUCUUUCUCCCCCCCCCCAUUUACCCAAAAGCUCCCUUCCCACUACCAGCUCCCUCACAGACCCCUGGGGAGGGGGAAUUGAAGUCGCCCCUCUCCUUACCCUAGGGACCCCUCUCCCACUUCCAUAUGGGGGGAAGGACAGCCCCUCUAAGCUUCCCCACACACACGUUCAGCUGCCAAAGAAGGGAGCUCCCUUUCUUCCCCCUCACUCUAAGCCCACCCUCCCUUCUGCUACCCCCCAAAUUCCCGGGGGGCUGCUCCGUCCAUGGGUGGGGGGGGCUCCCAGCCCUCUUCCCCCUCACCACGUCAGGGAUCUGCGGGUUAUCUUGUGGGAGGGUUGGGGGGAGGGGGGAGAAGGGGGUGAGGGAAUCCGUCCUCCCUCCCUCAUGUCCGUCGUCCGUUGUUCUCCCCCACCCCCGGGGACCCCGCGGUGUUCGUCUAUCAAGGGCUUGUUCAUUCCGGAUGGGCACCGCGGAAGGGGGCGGGGUCAGGGAGGGGGAGGGAGGGGAG